AGUGAAGAUGCUCUUGAUGGUGCUUUAGUAGAAGUUCACCAAGAUUUGUUUAAGAUGUUGUGCCUGUUUCCAUUUGUUGAGGAAGCACAUUGCCAUGCCCACAUCUGCAUGGAGAAUGGCAUUAACAAAGACGAUUAAUUAGCACAAAAUAAGCACAAAAUAAAAAGAGUCUGGCAAAGACUGGCAUGCAGGCGUGCAUGUAAAUUAUAAUAGAUGCCUAAUACUGGACUGUGAUGCAAAACUCCCGCUGUGGGCUUUGGAGAACCACGCCAGGAUCCCCUAAUAAAAGAGGCCCAUUCUUUUGGUUUAAUGCCGGCAUACAGAACACAUAAAUAAACGCUUGUGCUUGCAUCCCAGCCCAGCCAACUAAAGGAGAUGACCACCCUGAGUGAUCGUCACCAUGAGAUUUACUGGGAGCUUUUGUGUGGUUCGCCUGUCACCUGACGUUUUACUUUUUGAAUAUACAAUCCCGUAAGAGAAGCAAACCAAUUCACGGGGGAAUCCCAGUCCUGAGUGUUGCUUUUAGCAGACGCAGAUUUUUUUUUUUGUACUGGUCGGUUUUUCGCAUCGCUCAGACCAUCCGGAGACCCUGCUGCGCCACUGUCCACGAUCGCCUCUUUACAGGGGCUGUAACUGGAGGCGGUAAGCAGAAGCAGAUGAGACUCGCUCCCGACAGGCAGCCAGGCACGCGCGCACACGCGUGAACGCGCGUUCCUUGCCCCUUCAUUCAGUCUGUCAGUGCACUGUCCUGGAUCUCAGCGUGUCCCUCAGCUCGCCGCUCACGAAAAGAACUUCUUUUCUCUUUAAAUGAAUGCUUCUGCAUAAUUUCUAGAUUUGCCGAUUUUUCACGGUUUCUCAGGGAUCUGCGCCUCAGUAUGGACUGCUUAGAAAAUGAAUACAUGGACAAUAAUGGACAGUGUCACCCAUGCAGGACCUGUGAACCUGGACUAGAGCCGUCCAAGGAGUGUGGAUAUGGCAUGGGGGGUGAUGCUACAUGUGUGAGCUGCCAGCCAAGGCGCUACAAGGAAGGCUCAGGAUAUCAUGGCUGUAAACCUUGCCUGUCCUGUGUGCUUAUCAACCGAGUUCAGAGGAGCAACUGCAGUGCCACAAGCAAUGCUCUUUGUGGAGAUUGCCUGCCAGGCUUUUACACCAAAACCAGGAUUGGGGGGCUGCAGGAUUUGGAAUGCAUCCCUUGCACGGCAAUGACCUUGUCCAGCAGCACGCCGCAGUGUGGCGGAGGGGCUCACAAGGUGACAUCUGGGCAGACAGCAUCACCUCAGCUGGACAUGGCGGUGGCAGCAGUUGUGUUCAGCGCUCUCAUCUCAGCGGUGGUGGCAUUGAUGGUGAUGUUGUUUCUUUACUGCAAAUGUAGCUGUUUCAGGAAGUGUGACAAAGAAUUUCAGGUAUCUUUCAAGAGAAAUACAGAAGAGAGUGGUUCAAAAUCUGGCAGGAAUGUUCCAGAGGAAUCACUUAGCCACAGUGGCACGCUGGGACCCGAGAGUGAUGCUGACCCAUCUGCUGACCUGCACCACAGCUUCACAUCUUGUAUCCAGUCAUUGGUUCCUUCUGUCAAGGAGUCAUCAAGCUCAGAACCCAGGUCUUCGCACAUGCUCAGGUUAUCUGAGACGCAGCCAUUGAUGAGAGACUCUGUUGGCAGCAAUGGCUCAAGCCCAACAGAACUGAUCUACGCCCAUCCAGCAGUGACUUCCAGGGAAAUAUUCUGUGCUACACUCUGGGACAAAUGGGACAAGCACAUGCCAGUGGAAUGUACUGAGCUAGACUUCCAUUACCUAACCCCUGGAGAGAAGACUCUGCCCACCAACCCUGCUGAAGGAAGCAAUGCAGGGACAAGCUCCUACAGUUCAACCCUGGCUGAGUACAUGCAGGAUCUGGUCAGCCGGUGCUGUGAGGCCACCCAAGGUCUGCAUCUGGGAUGCCUUCCUUUAGAGCUGGUCACUUCUGCAUCAUUGAGACUUGAUGCAUUUGUCCCUGGCAUGAGAAACUAUCGCCACCUUGGAGAGGAGAUGGGUAUACCCACCUCGGUGCUCAGUCAUUUGGAUGGUUUUCAGCAGGUGUUUGCCUACCUCUCAUCCUGCACUUUGACCACCGUGCCUGACUUUCUGGAGGCCUGCUGUCGCAUUCAGAGGUUCGACAUUCUUUUCCUGCUCUGUGACACCCUGUCCCUGAGACAGCAGGUGAAUAGUGAAAAUAUUUAGUGGGCCAUUAUCUCCACCAGUCUUUAUCGGUCUACUGCCAGUUUAGAACGCUUUUGUUUUCUUCAAAAAUCAAUGGCAAUUUUAACGUCUGUGCAAGUUUGGAGAGUUCAAUGUCAUGCUACAGGUGUGCCAUAAGGACUGAAUGCCAUGCUGCCAGUGCAGAUGCAUAAAUUAAACGCUAGACUGAGCCCUGCUGCCAGCUUCAAGCAGAGAAGCUGGCUGCCACAAUGCCAAUUCAGAAAGAGUCUAAGUGCCAUGUUGCGGGUUUGGACAGAAAAACUGAGUGGCAUGUUACCAAUGCAGAAACAAAACUAAAUGCCACACUGCUAAAUUCCUUAGAAAGUCAUUGUGCUAUGCUUACAGUUCAGAGAAUGCCAUGUUGCCACUUCAGGCAGUAAAGCAUCACAAUGCCAGUUCAGUCAGAAGCUUAGUGCCAUGCAGCUGGUCUAUAUAGUAAGACUACGUGACACUUACAGUAACAAAAAUGGAAUGCUUUGAUGUAGAAAAACAUCUAGACAGAGUGCAGACAGAGAAGUCAAGUGCCAUGUUGUCACUGAAGAAAUGGACCGAAUGCCAUAAGGAUAGUUCAUAUUGAAAGGCUAUGUGUUGUACUGACUGUCAAGAGAGUGCCGAACUAGUAGGUUAGACACACAUAGUAAAUAGCAUUCUGCGUGUGCCAGAGAGACAAAGUGAAUGCCAUGGUGUUAGUUAAGCCAGAUGGACAUUGUUUAAUGUUGUCAGGCCAGAAUCAAUGAUUAAGUGUCAUGCUGCCAGUAUGGUAGACUUAGUAGGUAGACUUAGUGCCAAGCAACAAGUUAAUUUACAGAGACUAUGUGCACACACUGCUUCAGUUCAGACACAGACUGACUGUUUCUCUGCUGCUUUAGAUACUACCAUCCUAUCAACUCAGAGACUGACUGAGGGCCAUGCCCUCACUUCAGGUAUGAAUUCUGCGCUGCCAGUUAAGAUGCAACAAUGGAUUGCAGUGCUCCAAAGUCAGACAGAGACUGCCUGCCAUGUUGUCACUACUGACACAGGAAGCCACGAUACCCACUUAAAUACAGAGAUUGAUUGCCAGGCUGUAUGCUGUCAUAGAAAAGCUGAAUGUUACACUGCCAGGUCAGACAGAAAGGCUGGGUGCCAUACUUGGACUUUACACAGUGAGAAAAAGUAUCACUCUACAAUUUCAAAAAUUAGGUGUCAUGCUACCACCUCAUGCCCUGAGAAUAAGUACUACACUGCCAGUGUAGAGACAGAAAAUCGCAUUGUAGGAGACAGUCCUAUGUUUACAUUCCUGAGUUUGUCCUACUUUGCCAGUUUAUAUAUAAACACCAAGUGCCAGUCUUCAAAUUCAGAUGUAGAUGGACUGCAACUCUUCAUAUUCAAUAGGAGAGGCUGAGUGCCAUUCUGCCCUUUUAUGCAAAUUGGCUGAGUGACACACUAUUAUUUCAGACUCAGAGACCAAAUGUCAUUCUGUCAGUUUACAGACUGUGUCAUGCCUUAAUGUGCAGAUAUGUGACCUACCAUCCUACCAUUUCAAGAAAAAAGACAAAAUGUCAUGUUACCAAUUCAGACUUAAAGAAUAACUGCUAUCAGACAGUACAGACAAAUGGUGACUACCACACAGCUGGUUCAUGCUAAAACAAUGUCGUACUGCCAGUUCAGACAGACACUGAGUGCCACACUGCCAUUUCAGACUCCAAGAUUUAAGUGUUUCACUCCUAAUUCAGAUCAAGAAUGAUUACCAUCCAUCCAUCCAUCCUCUUCCGCUUAUCUGAGGUCGGGUCACGGGGGCAGCAGCUUGAGCAGAGAUGCCCAGACUUCCCUCUCCCCAGCCACUUCUUCUAGCUCUUCCGGGAGAAUCCCGAGGCGUUCCCAGGCCAGCCGGGAGACAUAGUCCCUGCAGCGUGUCCUGGGUCUUCCCCGGGGCCUCCUCCCGGUUGGACGUGCCUGGAACACCUCACCAGGGAGGCGUCCAGGAGGCAUCCUGAUCAGAUGCCCGAGCCACCUCAUCUGACUCCUCUCGAUGCAGAGGAGCAGCGGCUCUACUCUGAGUCCCUCCCGGAUGACUGAACUCCUCACCCUAUCUUUAAGGGAGAGCCCAGACACCCUGCGGAGGAAACUCAUUUCAGCUGCUUGUAUUCGUGAUCUCGUUCUUUUGGUCACUACCCAUAGCUCAUGACCAUAGGUGAGGGUAGGAACAUAGAUCGACUGGUAAAUUGAGAGCUUCGCCUUGCGGCUCAGCUCCUUUUUCACCACGACAGACCGAUGCAGAGCCCGCAUCACUGCGGACGCCGCACCGAUCCGCCUGUCGAUCUCACGCUCCAUUCUUCCCUCACGCACUCCACCCUUUUCCGGCUGAGGACCAUGGUCUUGGAUUUGGAGGUGCUGAUUCCCAUCCCAGCCGCUUCACACUCAGCUGCGAACCGAUCCAGAGAGAGCUGAAGAUCACGGCCUGAUGAAGCAAACAGGACAACAUCAUCUGCAAAAAGCAGUGACCCAAUUCUGAGUCCACCAAACCGGACCCCCUCAACACCCUGGCUGCACCUAGAAAUUCUGUUCAUAAAAGUUAUGAACAGAAUCGGUGACAAAGGGCAGCCCUGGCGGAGUCCAACUCUAACUGGAAACGGGUUCGACUUACUGCCGGCAAUGCGGACCAAGCUCUGACACUGGUUGUACAAGGACCGAACAGCCCUUAUCAGGAGGUCCGGUACCCCAUACUCCGGGAGCACCCCCCACAGGAUUCCCCGAGGGACACGGUCAAACGCCUUUUCCAAGUCCACAAAACACAUGUAGACUGGUUGGGCGAACUCCCAUGCACCCUCCAGGACUCUGCUAAGGGUGUAGAGCUGGUCCACUGUUCCGCGACCAGGACGAAAACCACACUGUUCCUCCUGAAUCUGAGGUUCAACUAUCCGACAGACCCUCCUCUCCAGAACCCCUGAAUAGACUUUUCCAGAGAGGCUGAGGAGUGUGAUCCCUCUGUAGUUGGAACACACCCUCCGGUCCCCUUUCUUAAAGAGGGGGACCACCAACCCGGUCUACCAAUCCAGAGGCACUGCCCCUGAUGUCCAUGCGAUGUUGCAGAGACGUGUCAACCAAGACAGCCCUACAACAUCCAGAGCCUUGAGGAACUCCGGGCGUAUCUCAUCCACCCCCGGGGCCCUGCCACCAAGGAGUUUUUUGACCACCUCGAUGACCUCAGUCCCAGAGAUGGGGGAGCCCACCUCUGAGUCCCCAGGCUCUGCUUCCUCAUGGGAAGGCAUGUUAGUGGGAUUGAGGAGGUCUUCGAAGUACUCCCCCCACCGACCCACAACGUCCCGAGUCGAGGUCAGCAGCGCACCAUCCCCACCAUAUACAGUGUUGACACUGCACUGCUUCCCCCUCCUGAGACGCCGGACGGUGGACCAGAAUCUCCUCGAAGGCGUCCGAAAGUCGUUCUCCAUGGCCUCCCCAAAUUCCUCCCAAGCCCGAGUUUUUGCCUCAGCAACCACCGAAGCCGCAUUCCGCUUGACCUGCCGGUACCUAUCAGCUGCCCACAGGACAAAAGGGACUGGUAGGACUCCUUCUUCAGCUUAACGGCAUCCCUCACCGCCGGUAUCCACCAACGGGUUUGGGGAUUGCCGCCACGACAGGCACCGACCACCUUACGGCCACAGCUCUGGUCAGCCACCUCAACAAUAGAGACAUGGAACAUGGCCCAUUCGGACUCAAUGUCCCCCACCUCCCUCGGGACAUGGUCGAAGUUCUGCCGGAGGUGGGAGUUGAAGCUACUUCUGACAGGGGGCUCUGCCAGACGUUCCCAGCAGACCCUCACAACACGUUUGGGCCUACCAGGCCUGACCGGCAUCCUCCCCCACCAUCGAAGCCAACUCACCACCAGGUGGUGAUCAGUUGACAGCUCCGCCCCUCUCUUCACCCGAGUGUCCAAGACAUGUGGCCGCAAGUCCGAUGACACGACCACAAAGUCGAUCAUCGAACUGAGGCCUAGGGUGUCCUGGUGCCAAGUGCACAUAUGAACACCCCUAUGCUUGAACAUGGUGUUCAUUAUGGACAAUCCGUGACGAGCACAGAAGUCCAAUAACAAAACACCACUCGGGUUCAGAUCGGGGGGGCCAUUCCUCCCAAUCACGCCCUUCCAGGUCUCACUGUCAUUGCCCACCUGAGCAUUGAAGUCUCCCAGCAGUACGAGGGAGUCCCCAGAAGGUAUGCCCUCUAGCACCCCCUCCAGGGACUCCAAAAAGGGUGGGAACUCCGAACUGCAGUUCGGUGCAUACGCACAAACAACAGUUAGGACCCGUCCCCCCACCCGAAGGCGGAGGGAGGCUACCCUCUCGUCCACCGGGGUAAACCCCAAUAUACAGGCUCCAAGUCGGGGGGCAAUAAGUAUACCCACACCCGCUCGGCACCUCUCACCGGGGGCAACUCCAGAGUGGUACAGAGUCCAGCCCCUCUCAAGGAGAUUGGUUCCAGAGUCUAAGCUGUGCGUCGAGGUGAGCCCGACUAUAUCUAGCCGGAACCUCUCAACCUCGCGCACAAGCUCAGGCUCCUUCCCCUUCACUAUGUGUUAAAAACCUGACAACCAUGUUUUCAGUUCAUGUACAGUGCCCUGACUUUGUACCCAAACAUUGUGUGCCGAUCUGCCAGUUUAGACACAGAGAAUGUAGUGUUCAAACUUUAGUCACAGAGGCUGGAUGUUGCUUUGCCAGUUGAAAAACAGAAACAGGGCACUGUACUUCCACUUUAAACACAGAGGGAAGUGCCAUGCUGCCAAGUUCAUUCUGACAGUCUGAGGAACACUCUGCUGGUUCAGACAGAAAAGUAGAACCAUGCUGUCAUCUCAGACAACAAAAUAGUGCCAUGUCCACAAUUUGGACACCUAUAAUCAAUGCCUCACUAUCAUUCCACAGAGACCGCCAGUGGUCAUCUCAGUGUACCUCUACCCUUAUUGCUUACAUCACACUGGCCCUUUCUAUCUGUAUCUUCUCUCAAUCCAGACAAAUGGGUGAAGUACUAUUCUAUCAAUCCAAAUGCUGAUUCAAUAUACCAAUUCAAUACUUUGUGCUGUUCUUUUAAGCCUCGAAAAUGUGAGCAAGACUUAAGAGUCAUUCAUUGAGAAUGCCUUCACCUAGCGCUCCCACUCUAGGUUAAGGUGAGGUCUUAAUUCUCUUCAUUCAGAAUUGACAGUUAAGCCAGUGAGCAUCUUUGAUGCAUGUGAAGUGCUGCCCAGCAGGCUGACUUCCUUCUGCAGCAGGUAGCACAGCUCUUCAGUGUUUUAUUAAGUGUCAGGACUCAAUCAAAGCUCCCAAGAGCAGUAAAAAAUUUUAUGAUCAUGGUGCUCCACAAAUAACAAUGCAAGUCUUCUGUCAGGCUGCUGUACCAGGCAGGUCUCUGACUGUGUUUCUGACAAGAAACUUGAAGAAUGGUAUGCAGAAGCAGGUGGGAUAUACAGGUAGGCAAAGGGGUGAGGCAGGGUAGGGGAAAGACAUACCUACAGUGGACAGAAAAGGGUGAAGCACAAAAAUCUUCUUUGUCAGGUCUCUGGGUUGUGUGAGGCAGACAAGGAAAUGCUCAAUAGACACAUGCAAAUACCUACCUUUGUACAAAGUUCAAAAGAGAUCACACAUUUCAGACCACUGUGUCUCUUUCAGGGCAUCAGGCUAUUCACCUUCAUUUCUUUUUCCUCUACAGUAUUGUUAUAGUCAAAAUGUUUGAGCCAACCUUCUGGCUGGGUAGCAGACUGUGAUUGAUGGCCUUAUAUAAGUCAGAGUUGAAAUGUUCUAUUCCCUCAUGCUGUCACUGUUCAUUUCUCAUACCUAUGCCAAGUCUCCUUAGAUCAGUGCUUGCUUCCUGAUGCACCAUCAUUUCUUCUCAGUUCAACACUUCUCCCUUGUACCUACUUCCAGUAUUCUCAGGCCAGUACUUACCCCCAUGCCCACCCCCUAUCUGGUUAGAUUUCGUGCUUGUCCCUUACAGUAUUCCCAUAUUCAGUCUUCUGUAUACUCAGGUUUGCUUUUCUUCUUUGAACACAUCCUGUCUUCUCAGCCCAGUAUUCCUUUCCUUUUUCCCACAGCUUCUCUUUCUGUCUCGCUCUGUCCUACUCUUUUGUCCUGUACGUGCGUACAUGUGCACUUUAAUUGCGCUGCCUUUGCUAUCUUCACGCUCACUAGGUAGUUACCUCCCUACUGCCUUGUAAUGCUUAGGUUUGGGCAUGGGGUGGAACUUAUAAGCUCCACCUAGACAUGGGUUCAGGGUCUAUUGCUUUAAGAACAUAAUGUUAUCCACUGUAUCACUCUUCACCCCGAGCAAACCAUUUUAAUCAAUUACAAAAUAAAAUGGUAUUGUCCGUGUAUGUGUGUGUGUGUGAGUGUGUCCAGUCCCUCUGAACAAUUUAAUUGGUCAGUUUGGCUUUGGUCCAUUUGCUCAGUCAAAUGCAAUCAAGACAGGAAGUGCUGGGCAAAAGAGGAACGCUAAGAGUCUCAUUCAAACAUGGGAAAUACUCUCAAUAAUAAAAUUAGUUUUCACAGCAGGUAAAUCUGGCCCAUCUACCAUUGGUGGUUGUCAAAAAAUGGACAGGAGGUGGACAGUGCGAAAUGACAGAAUCUGAGAAGCAGGCUUUAUGGAAACAUGAAUGAGAGAGACAGAUUGAGCUACACAAAGAUACUGGAGAAAGGUCAAAGGACAAAGGCUGAGGGCACACGUAAGGCAAGAGAUAUCAAAUAUUUUAAAAGUUAUUCUUAUACCCAUCUUUGACAGGUAAUGUAGCAGGUAAAUAAUAAAUGAUAUAUCAAUUGAUAACUCUUCUCUGUUAGGUGUAAAGUAUGUGGCAUUGCAUGAAAAUUCCAAAUCCUACUGGCAGAAUCUGAACCUUUCUCCACUAGCUUUGUGAAGGAGUUGCGGCAGCACAUGCCAGCACUAUUCCAAAAUGCUCUUUGUUUUCAAUCUGCAGUCCUCACGUCUCCUGAACUGAGAAACCGGACCCUUUUAAGACUUGAUUCUGAAGAUUUACAGACUUGAGAAUGGCUUAUCAUGUAAUGCUGCCUACAGAACCUGCCUUGCACCCCUUCCCCCCUGCACUUGCUUCAGAAGGAGAACAUGGCAGGAUUCGAGAGUAGGUUCAAAAGAAAUACUUUUCCUGACAUUGAUUCACUGUUCUUUACUGUAUAGUGAAUUUCAACAAACUGAGGUGUUGAUGUCGAUUUUUUUAUUUUCGCCACUUGACGCGGAGAAGAAUGUUAAAUUGUUAUAUAGAGGCAUCACUGACGUAAGGGCUGUGCUUUAAUGGGUUGCCGUGCUGCUUAUUAAAAACCCAUUCGGAUCAGCGGGUGUUAAGCCAAGUGAAGGCAUGAGGGCUGGCAUACCAGUAGGGUGAUCUGAGCCUCCUGUCUUCUAAGCCCUUCCUUUUCUGUCCGAUAUUUCUAUAUGAGUAAUAUUCCAAUUUAAAAUAAAUGAUACAGAUCCAUGAAAGACAUUCUCUCUUUAUGUGAUUUUUUAAAAUAGUUUAUUAGAGUGUUAGAAGUGCUUUGGCAGGGACUCGUCCCUUAUUGUGAAGGCGGUCUAGUGGUCUUUGCUGUCUUUUUUGUUAAGGCCCUCUAUGUGUUUGCCAGACGGCCAUUUUUGGAACGCCUGAUGCCAAUAAAAAUGGAAAGCAAGCAAUUCACACUUAGUUUGAUUAAAAAAAAAUGUCCUUAAUUUAACAUGCCAGUUACUUAAAUUUGGUAAGCAGAAGAAACGAUUCAAGAUGAGCCCCUGCCUGAUCUUUAGGUGUCUAACACUUAGGGCAACGCAAGUUUUUCUCACACAUCCCAAAGGCAUGUCUGUUAGUUUGUAUAGCAACUCUCAACUGAACAAUGGACUAGUGUGCCAUCUAAGGGUGGUUCCUAGCUUGCACAUGAUACUGCUGGGAUGGGGUCCACCACCCCAUUCACCUGAGUUGUUUUGAUUUGGUUUAAUAAUGAAUGACUGAGUGUGUGUCAUUGUAGUAAUGCACGCUGGUGCAGUGAGUAGCAUUGUUGCCUUACAGCUACUGGAGACAGGGUAUGCUUUCUGUGUGGCAUUUGCAUGUUCUCCCAGUGUCUUUGUGAGUUCUCUUGCUUCAUGUAAAUGAUGUGCAUGUUUAAUUGAUUGAUGCCUCUAAAUGGUAUUGUGUAGGUUAUUGUAGACCAUGUGAUGGACUGAUUCCCUGUUCAGCAUUGGUCCCAAGCUUGCACCUGAUGUUGUUGGGAUAGGCUCCACCCCUUCACUAGACUGAAUUGCAUUAAGCAGGUUUGAAAAUUGAGAACUGGAUAGUUUGUCGUUAUAAUUGUGAAGGGUGGUUCAGUAGUUGGCACUGCUGCUUCCCAGCUCUAGGAGUAUUAUAUUACUUUCUGUAAGGUUUUUGCAUCUACUCUCCAUGUCUUUGUGGACUUGCUUGCUUGUUUCCAAAGAUGUGCAUGUUAGAUUAAUUGAUGAAUCUAAAUUAGACCAAUGUAGUGUGAAAAGGAACAGACUCGACACACGUAAAAAGGAUUGGGGCAGCCACCCGUAUAAUAUUCCUGGCUGCAAAUGGUUUUUUUGAAUAAUACAGAGCUGUUGAUAGCACUGAGUCCAAGAUAGAACUGACGAGGGUUGGGAAAGAUGGAGUGAUCAGACCAGAAGUGAUGUAGGGUAACUGGAAGUGAUGUUCUUCUGACAUCACUCUUCUGUGCCAGAACCGAAAGUGAUGUUCUUCUGGGCGCCGGAACUGGAAGUGUCAUCACUGACUCAGAUAGGUUUUCCCGUGGCUGGUCAUUAGAGAUAAAAGGUGAAGGUUUAUUGCACCCCGCCCUCCCAUGGCCUGGCGUAAAAUUACUAUUACUAGGUCCACACAACGGCCCCCUACUCAAAUGUGUAAGACAGUAGGUGAUAGUGUGAGUGUGUGCCCUUUAGUGGACUGUUUUAUUGUUUAGGAUUAGUCACUGUCUUGUACCCAAUGCUGUUAGAGCAGGGUCCUGCUCUACCUGAUCUCACACUGCAUGAACCAUUUGUCUACCCAGGCUGAGGGCUUACUGUUGCUGGUACUUUCUGAAAGGUAAUAAUAAACCCUGGAUGGCCAGUUAACCUAACAUAUAGGAGGUAAAAAAAAUCAAACACUUGGAGAAAAUCCUUAUCUAACAUAGGAAGAAUAUGAAAAAUACACAGGAGCAUUGACCGAGCCAGGCACCUGGUGUUGGGCAUCACAGCAACUAAAAAUUAAAAAUGGCGGAGCUAUGUGAAUAAUGAUAAAUAUAUAAGACAUUUUUUAAAAUUUGAAAUGGUAUGAUCUCUGCUUAAAUUUGACAGGAUAUAAGAUAAAACUCUGACUUGGGGAGAAACCCACAGAGACGCAGCCAGGCAGGGAUCAGGUGCUGGAUUCAUACCUGUAGUGUUGUAGCCAUAUGUCAACAGUGUUAUUCACUGAGCUAUGGUGCUGCUUCACUUUGUUUAAAAGUGUCACAUAAAUAAAUUAAACUAAAAGUAACCAAGUGUUUGACAUUUCAGCCCUCUGGCAUAUCCCUUCCUGAACCCCAAGGAUCCUUUAGGCUGUAGUAACAUCAGUGUGGCUGCACAUCCUGCCUCCUAUGCUACUUUCCUGUCCUUAAGCUUUUUGUCCCCUUCUUAGGUGCUCUGUCACCAUAGUACCCAGGGACUUCCCAAUAUUUCGUCUACAGGCAUGAAACCCAGAGGGGCGCAAUUUAAUGACACCACUGACACUAACAACAAUUACACAUGCAAUAGAUGCUCGCUUUAAACUUUUAUUAAUACUUAAUUGCCUUUUGUCAACAGAGUGAGCGGCCCUUUGGAUGUGAUCCAUUUCAAUUUCUUCUUUCAACUCCCAGCUACAGUAAGUUGUGAAGAGUGGCCUUUCAUUAAAAAUCUUAAUUAAAGAGCUCAUUGUGCUUUUCAUCUGAAGUUGCUGAAACAUAAUGAUUUAAUUCGGCUGCACGACUGCUGUUUAACAUGCGGCACGGGGAGCCUUUUGCAUUUAAACCACGGAGGCGUCUCUCUCCAAGCGCUUUUGCUACAGGCACGUUAUUAACUGUUAAAUAUUUUAACAAACAUUUCAUAUCACGGCCUUCAUUUUUAAUAACGGUCCGGCCCCUGCAAUUUCCUGUCCGUGGUUGUGCUUGGGAGUUUUGUAAUUGUUUGAGUACAUCUUGGCACGAGUUCUUCUUUGCUGGAGAGCAAGGUACCUUUUCCCUUUAAACUAUUAUAUAGUGCCAUGAGUAAAAGAAACAUUCAGCAGUCAUAAGUGGCUAGUGUAAGCGAAGGAAAAACAGCAAGGAUACCCAACACCAGGAUGGCUGUGGUGCUGUGCAAAGGGCUCACAUUACUGCUUUUAAAUUACAAUUGUCUUCCAUUUAUUGAAUGGAAAAACAGCCAUUAGGCAUCAUUACCAUGCUUUUUUGGUGCCAGUCUCAGUUAAAAUAAUCUGAUUUUGCACUAAAUAUCUUUUUAUCUUCAGAUGUGGCUCCAGGAAAGGCUUGGAUCCCAACUGAAGUGGUCUGCUUUCAGUGCUAAAAACCAGAUGGAGAGCCAAUGUCUUCUCCUGGAUGGGUGGGAUGUACAAAGGGAGCAGUGGUCUUGUGGCAGUUUGGCAAUAGACACUUGGGUAACAUUGCCCUGGUGUGCUACAUCAUCUGCAAAAGGCUAAACAUAUCCUUCUUGUGAAGGACUGUUCUACCAUUCGGAUUGAUUGCAUAUUAAUUCUGGCUAACAGACUUGCCUAUCUGUCUCAACAAAAUUUUAUCUUCUGGUUCACUUUGCUGCCUAAAUGUCACUCUGAACAUAUUACUAAUUGUAAACAGUGGACAUCAUCAUUUUGCUGCAUCAUGGGAAUCUGUUCACCUCUCUAUCUAAAUGCUGAACUAGAGAUUACAUGUGCUCACAGUGCCCAUAUCACUCCUCUUUAUAAGAGUGCCUGAUGGAGAUUCUAGAACUGGCUGAUGGUCUCUGGUCUGAUCACAGGACUAGAUGUAACCUGUGGUCAUGUGACGCACAUCUGAUCUACAUGUCCAGCAGUCUAUCUAAAGAAGAUUGUAGAUCCAAUCUUUCUUAACAAAAUGUGAGCCCUCCUCUCUGAAUGAGUGAGACUUUUAGUCUAGACACACAGUUUUGCCCAUCUGUUGCUCUGAACGCAGGACCAAGUGUAGCCUAUGGUCAUGUGAUACAUGUCUAGUCCACAUGUCUGUUGGUCUGUCUGAGUAAUGCUCUGGUUCCUGCUUGUUAUUGCAAGACAUGAGCCUGUCUCUAUGAAUGGGUGAGACUCUUAGUCCUGACAUAUAAUUGUGUCUCCCUGCGUGAAGGUCUGGUCAGCAUGUCUAAAGAACCAGAACAAGUAUAUGCUACCUCUCUGAUGAAGACUUAAUUCCCAUUUUCCCACACAGGUCAUAUUUUAGUGUUAACAGUCAAAACCACAAGGUAGCCGAUUUUUUAAGAUCAGAUAAAGGCUGCUUUGGUAUGAUGUUCUAAAUUCUGAUUCAAUCCAAUCAUCAGUGCCUAGUCUGACUGAGUUUUGAAAAUUCAGAAUCGAUUUUUGCUUUAUUACAUUGUAUCUGUUCACUGGUCAGUGUUUCUCAAACUCAAAGUGUUUCUGAGCUGCCGUCAGUGUUUUGAAAGUUGCUGUUGUUUAUAAUGGGAGUUGGCUGUGCAGUGGAUUAUGACAUGUUGCUGCCCCGAUAAUUGCACUCAAAACCUGACUAUUGUGCUCAGUUCACCAAGGGGGAUAUCAACCCUGUCGUUCUGGUGAUCAUACUGAACUCAAUUCACCAGGGAGACAUUGUUGGGUCGUAAAGACACUUGCAUAGGAAAAAGUGUGUUGUGACAUGAAAAAGGUUGAGAAACAUUGCAUGAGGUGAUAUGUUAACAAAGUCAUGAUAAACAAACCAGUCAAUGGUGCAGCAUAUAAACAAAAUUUUUGAUACAUUUCUGUGCUUCUUAAACAUUGAAACUCAAGAGCACCAGCAUGAAAAAUUUGGGAAUCUGUGUUUAUACCAUACCUGCAUCAUUCGUAUAUUGAAUGUGUAUGUGAACACUUAGGCCACAUCUACACCAUGUAAUGCAAACAACACAAGCAUUGAAUUGAAUUUCUGUACCAAUCCCAAUUCAGGCAUCAAGACAUGUUAGUGCAAUAAUGACUCCAAUGGUAUGCCUCACACAAAAUGUUGUCCUUCUAUCUAUCUUAAUGUAUGUUUAAAUGUGACCUGUCUAUGUGUCUGUAAUUAUCUUUAAUAAUUUUAGAUCCAAAGACAUUAAUAACAAGGUAAACAUCAUUCUGUCUGAACAGAGCAUGAGGUUUGGUCCUUUGUCCUGACAUAGUUUGUCUGUUCAAUCAAUACAUUAGAUUUAAACUGUGGUCAUGGGAUACAAAUCUAAUGUACCCAUCAUACAGUCUGUAGAAGUUUCUAGAACUAGUCUGUUUUCAGAGGACAGUAGGACAUCUACAGUUGUCUUAACAUGUCAGUCAACCUGCCUUUCUGUCUGAACACAAAUGUAAAUUGUGGCCAUGGCAUAAGAGUAUUAUCUACCAUUCUCUAGUAAGAUGAUAUGAGCCUGUCUGUCUCAUAUGGCACCCAGUCUGACUCUUAGUACUGGCAUGGCAGUCAGUCCAUUGUGUGAGUCUUUCAGCUGGCUUAUUCUGUUCUGUGUCUCAUGCACCUGUGAUAUGAGUCUGUCCACCUGCACGGUGUGUCUACCUUGGACGAAACCGAUGGACACCAAAUGUCAUGUGUGGGUUCUCAAGCCAUGCAGGGAGCUCAAAAAAGACUUUUAUUUUUUUCUGUGUAAACAGUCAGGAGAGAGCAGUGGAUCCUCUACUCCACUCUACAGGGCUUGGAAUUUUUAACCUGCAUGCAUUUUUAUUUUAUUUUUAUUUUUUAUGUUUUUAUUAAAGCUGCUUUUAUCUGUUUUUGAAUUCUUGGUCUGAGGCCAUGCAAUCUGUUCUCAAGAUGUGUGAGAGACAGAAAGGCCAGUACAGUGUGGCUUCUUUAAUUUUGAAAAGAAGUUGGAUUUCCUUUGCAGAUUACUCUGCAGUACUGUAAAGUUGCCAUUUUGGUAAAAUGGUGCAAUAAUGAGUGUUUUUUACAUUCUAGUAAAAUAUUGUAUGUCUAGUGCAGUACUCAAUAUUUAUUGUUAGUGAAAGAGAAAACUUUUUUGUACAUUUCAAUUGUAUUUGUGUUUAUAAUUCCAUUUUCUAAUAAAUCUCAAACUGAUCUAGAGUCCUCCAAGUCCUGCAAGUCCUGGUGUCACUGGAAAGAAUGGGAGACAAGAAUGAUCGCCAGUUGUUGUGAGGCUCUCUUUGCUUCCUAUUUGUGAAAUCUAAUAGACUACAGUAAUGAAGAGUCAGGCCAAACCUGAUGGGCAACACAAAAACAGUGCUUCUUGUUCCAAUGCUGAUGUGUAGGCUAAGUUUCUACUCAUACAAAACCUGGUGGGAACCAAUAAAACGUCUGCCCAAAUGUAGUCAAGAACUAUUAAAGUAAAGAUCAAA